GUGGAUAUUUUGGAUAAUUUUGGUUAUUUUUGUCCCCCCCAGGCUGUCCCCCUGUCCCUGUCCCCCGCCCCGGGCAGGUGGCAGCACCUGUGCGUUACCUGGGCGGCCGCCGGCGGCUCCUGGCGGAGUUUCCAGGACGGGAUCCCCCGCGGGAGGGGGGAGGGGCUCGCCCCGGGCCACGCCCUGCGGCCACACGGGGUCCUGGUGCUGGGACAGGAACAGGACGCGCUCGGGGGCCGUUUCGACGCCACCCAGGCCUUCGUGGGGGAGUUGGCCGAGCUGCACCUGUGGAGCCGCGCCCUGGCCCCGCCCGAGGUGGCGGCGCUGGCCAGGUGUGCCUCACCUGAGCACGGCGACCUGCUGGCCUGGGGCCGGGCGGGGCUGGAGCUGCACGGGGGGGUGACCACGCUGCCCUUUGACCCCUGCGCCUGAGGGCACCUGGGGACACCUGGGGACACCUGAGACACACCUG